AUGGUUAUUCCUAAUCUGUUCCGUGUAGCUCCCUAUAGGCCUAAUUUUUCGGGACAGCCGAUCCUGCCUCCCAGCAUGGUCUCUGUUAAUUCACCGCUCGCCGCUGACUUUGUGGCCGAAGCCGAAAAAUUGAAUGCCUUCUAUAAAGCUCUUCCAAACGGUCGUCGUGCUGACAACAUUUCGGCUGGUUCCAGCGAACUUCUACCUCCCCAUCCGACAUCUUUAUUCCCCCAGUCAGGUCCGAAUGCAUCAAUCGCACCGGCUGACCCCUUGUUCAUGGAUGUGCUGAACCAGUCAUGUGUGACGAGCCUUCUGGCAAAUCAAAACUCUGUGACGGCGGAUGCUGCCGCAGCCUACUACCGAGCUGUGAUGGCGUUGUCCCAGUCUCAUCAGCCCUGCCUGCUCGACCAGGACCAAGUCGUCAAUAUCUCCAGGCUUUGGCAGCCUGGCGAGCAUCUCCCUACGGUACCGCAAAAGACGCAAGCGGCCGCGGCUGCCAUGACGUUAAACUGUUGGUCGGACACAAUGGCUGGACACAAGAAUAUGCACUGCACUCCAAAGAUGGGUCAAAACACUUUGAGACGGAUGAAAAAAGGGGAAAUUGCGACUCCGACAACUAAAGGGAAUUUGGACCUUGAUUCUGACUAUUCAGGCGCAAGCACUCAGGUGAGACGAAAAUUUCGGUUGCCAAGGCACCCAUAA